GCAUACUAAUAACUACAAAAUGGAGUAAAAUAAAAAAGAAGAAUUUGUCAAAUUUGAUAGAAAAAUGGAGUUGUUUCGCACAAAUGAUUUUUAUAUAUUCGUUAAGGGUGAAUAUUCUCUUUGGUGGGAUCGUCAUACAGGUGCUUUUAUUCCAAAAACAGGAUGGGAUUUAACUGACGCUGACGAUCCCGUAUGUCUAGGAAUAUGUGACGGAAUUAUAGGUACAGUAGAACACUGUCCUUUAUUCGAUACACGAUUAUUACUUAUAAAAGAAAGUCUUCCAGUAGGAAAAUUACACGGGAAUAAUACGGUUUUUAAAAUAAAAACUGUCGUUUUUUUACCUUUAAGUACGGAAAACGUCGAUAUUAAUCUUUUACCUUGUCCCAAACAUAAAACUAUUGAGCCUAAACAAAAUUUAUUAUUCGAUAUACAAAAAAAUAGCGCGUUUACAAAAACUUGGGGUACUUUAAAAAAUGCUGGUAAUACUUUGAAAUAUACGACGCAACAAGCGGCGGCUUUAGCCACGUCGGGUAUACAAAAGAAUUUUAAGGAAAAAGAGAGAUUUGAAAAACAGAUUAUCGACGAAUUUUAUAAAAUAUUUAACGAUACUAAUUCGUUUUAUUACUCUCGCACGACGGAUAUUACUAAUUCGUUACAGAGGUUAUGUAAUUUGGAAAAACAAAGUAAUAAUUCGGGAUCCACGUGGAAAAAUGUCGAUAAAAGGUUUUUCUGGAACGAUUAUAUGUUGAAAGACUUCAUACAACCCGAGAAUCCUUUAUUUGAUCCUUGGAUAUUACCAAUUAUCCAAGGAUAUAUUCAAAUAGAGGACUGUAAGGUACAAAUGGAUAGGGAUUUAGUUGAAACAAAAGAAAAUCGUUACGAUACGUUUACUUUAUGUAUUAUAUCGAGACGGAGUAAAUACAGGGCCGGCACAAGAUAUAAACGUAGGGGAGUCGACGACGACGGCGAAGUAGCAAAUUACGUCGAAACCGAACAAAUAAUUUCUUAUCAAACUCACGAGGUGUCGUUUGUUCAAGUUAGAGGCUCCGUACCUAUUUAUUGGUCCCAAUUGGGGUACAAAUAUCGACCGCCGCCUCGGAUCGAUAAAGGGGAAGCCGAUACUCGUAUAGCCUUCGAGAAGCAUUUCACGAAGGAAAUUCACGCUUACGGCCCGAUUUGCGUCGUUAAUUUGAUCGAUCAAAUUGGCAAAGAAAAAGUUAUUUUCGACGCUUAUUCUAAUCACGUGUUUAACUACAACAGUCCUUUCGUUACGUACGCCACGUUCGAUUUCCACGAGUAUUGUAGGGGGAUGCAUUUCGAAAACGUUUCGAUACUCAUAAACGCCCUCGGUGAUAUUUUACGCGACAUGAAUUAUUGUUGGAGGGAUAGUCAAGGUCAUAUUUGUUCGCAAAACGGCGUCUUCAGGGUGAAUUGCAUCGAUUGUUUGGAUAGAACUAACGUUGUUCAGACGGCGAUCGGUAAGGCAGUAAUGGAAAUCCAGUUCUGCAAAUUGGGUUUAAUAUCGCCCGAAGGUGUUAUUCCGAAUAGCAUCAAGAAUACAUUUCAAUUGUUAUGGGCGAAUAACGGUGACACCAUAAGCAAACAAUACGCCGGAACGAACGCGUUAAAGGGGGAUUAUACCAGGACGGGAGAAAGGAAAUUUACGGGAAUUAUGAAGGACGGAAUGAAUUCCGCUAACAGAUAUUACAAAAACCACUUCAAAGACACUGUACGUCAAUAUUGUUUAGAUCUAAUGCGAGGCGUCGAAUUGAAAGAAGUUGAAAUUCAAGAUUUUUGGUUUAAUUUACGUAAAAUUGGUGGUAUUGCUAACGAGAUCCUGCCGAACGAAACGCCUUCGGUUGCACCCCAUUUAGCGCUUCAACCGGAAUUCGAAUUAGCUAAUGCCCUCUAUCAUAUAUUUAGAUAUUAUCUCAGUAGAUUUAAGGAUACAACCAGACAAGCUACAAUAGAUUUAAUGUUAGGUAAUUACGUACCGGAAGACAUAUUCAAUGAAACCAAAGCAUCCCAAUACGAAGAAGACAAUUUCAUUACAGCCGAACACGUAAAACUUCUCAUAGAAGAUUGUAAGAAGAUGUUGAUAAAUCAACCGGAAGAGGUAGUCGGCGCUUGGGGCCUAAUAAAUGCCGAUCCUUUCACCGGCGAUCCCAACGAAACCGAAAUGGACUCCAUAUUGAUACUAACUCGCGAUUAUUAUUUCGUUGCCGAUUACGACGAUCAAGUCGAUAAAGUUACCAAUUAUCAGAAGGUGUUGUUGAGAGAUGUGGUUUUAUUGGAAUUCGGUAUGGCCGAAUCGAAUGUUUCUUUAUUUAAAUCUUCAAAACACAGAUAUUGCAUCAGGAUAAAUUAUAAGGUGCAAGGUGGUAGCGGGUAUUAUCACAUGUUUAGAUCGACGAGUUUUAGAUUUUUCAAUAAUAUGGCCGUUGUUAUUAAAAAUUUGGAAGAGGAAAUCGAAUCCUUGAAGUCGAUUUGCGAAGGAUUCCUUGUGGCGAUGGAAAUUUGCGGAUUACCCCCAAUUCCAUUCGUUCAAGGGCAAGCGUUGGAUAGACGAAAAUCGAAAGUUAUUAGCAGCGGUAGGUCUUAUACUAACAUCUACUUAGAUAUAACUUUACCACAAAUGACUCGAAAUGUUUCCGAAAGUCAAUUGUUAUCUUUAAAGAACGUCGGAUCCAAGGCGAUAUCUAACGUCACCCAACAAUUUUCCAAAUUCAAUAAAAUCAGCAACAGUUUCAAAACGAGCAAAUUCAAACCGAAACCGAAAUUCGUCGUCGGGCAAAAGCCGAAAAACGAAACUUCCAGUGAUUCGGACGAAGAAUACGAAACUUCCAUCUUCCAACCAGACAUACAAACUGGUAUUUUACCUUACGCCGUAGAUUCAUCUACAAACAGGAGUAUCGAACAAGGUUUGGAAAUGACCGAAGAUAUAAUCGAUUUACCUCAAAAAGUUGAUACGUUUUUACCGAGCGUAGGAAUAGUCAUGGGCAAAAAAACCGAUCCGACGAACUUGUUGGAACAACGACGAAAUUUAUUGAGUCGAGCGGAUUCCUCCCAUAUGGACGAUAUACAAUUAUCUAGUAUAAUGCAGAGCGUUUCCAUCAGUUCCGGUUUGAAUCCGACGCCGGAAAUUCGAAUUAAUUCAGAAAAUACGUCCGAAUAUUGUAACAAAAAUUCCAAUUUGGAUAAAAAGCUCAGUAAAUCGUCUUUGGAAUUUAAUGACAUCAAAGACAAGGUAGAGUACAAGCAGAUCGAUAGAUCCACAUCGGAUUACGAUGUUCAAUUGAACAUAACGCAGUCCCAGAGUGAAUCAGCCCUAAAGAAAUUGAACGUGACUUCUCUAGAGACCACCAAAGAUCUGGUAUUAUCGCCGUUGAGUAAAUUGGCUAAGGGCGUUCAAAACAUCGGAGCAAAUUUUGAUCCUCGAAAAUUCAGCGGGCAAGUUCGGCACGUUUCCGAAAAGGAAAUGGAGGAGCAUAAGAAGUUGCAACAACGUUGGCAGAAUAGUAAAACUAGAUUGAUAGCGCUUUAGAUCGAUUGUCAUCACUUUUUAAAAAAAUUUUUUUUUCAAUACUCUAGAUCAGUAUUAUUUGAAAUUUUCUAUUUCCGUGAUGGCAAUUUCGUAGAUUGGGUCGAAUUCUCAAAAAAAAAAAAUAGUGAUAUUCAAAUAUUAUUAUAUAUUACGUACUUAAUUUUUUUUUUUUAUUAAUUUUUGCGAAAAAUUAGAAGUAAAAUACUGGAAAAAAGUAAAAUGUGUCCCCCGAGGACCAAAAAAUGUUGUAAUCACUCGGUAUAUUUCAAAAAAUACGAAAACGUAAUAUUUAUUACUCCUUUUGGGACAUUCUGUAGUUUCUUAGUUAGUUCAUUGACUUAUUAUGCUUUAUUAUGUUAUUUGAUGUUCUUUAAAUCUUUUAGUCGCUGUGCUCGUAGUUUGUCCUAUAUAUACAAACGUCUUAGAUGAAGUUUGACAUAAAUUUUUCUAAAAAUUUGAACUUUUUCUUGUAUUUUUCUUCUAAAUUUCAUUGGAUUCUGUGAUUUAUUGUUGAAUUAAUCGUAAAUUUACAUUGAAAAAAUGAUUCCGACUUUACAAGAAAUUUAUUUAUAGCUUGAAUUGAAUUUUUAAAUAUUUAUUGAAUUAGUUGAAUUUUUUAAAUGAAUUUGUUUAAAUGAAUAUAGCAGUUACCAGUGUAAGUGAUACAAUAUUAGUAAAAAAUCAUUUGCUUAUAAAGCAUACAUCUAGUUCGAUGAAACGGCCGAAUACAAAAUUAACUUUCAUCAUUCUAUUGGAAAAUACGUUCAACUUCUGAGAUAUCCCAUUGACUGCGCCAAUUUGGAGUUAUCCUAUUGACUGCGCCAUAUCGUGAAAAUCCUAUUGGCUGCGCCAAUUUGGAGUUAUCCUAUUGACUGCGCCAUAUCGUAAAAAGCCUGUUGACUGCCCUAUAUCGAAAAAUUUCCAUUGAUUUAGUCUUGACUAAUUUAUUCUAUGUAAUGCGUCAUGUCGACAAGAUCCUAAUGACUGCGCCAUAAAAAGACUGCUUUAUGAUCAUUUUAUCAUACCGAUUCCUCAACUCGAAAAUAUCCCGUAGGCUGCGCCACAUCAAAUAUAUAUCAUUUACUCCGCUCAAUCUGAAAUAUCCUAUUGACUGCGCCAUUUAAAAUUUAUCCCAUUGACUGCGCCAAAAUUAUAUUUAUCCUGUUGACUGCGCCGUUUAAUGUUGUCUUAUUAACUGCUUUGGCUUGAUGAUGGAGUUGUUUGUUAGGAACGUGUUUUUUAAUAUAGAAUUUUAUGAAAAAUAGGGAACAAAAGUACGACUGAAAAAUGUAGAACUUCCAUUUUUGGGUAUUUAGCUGUUUCAUGGUCGUUUCGACUUUUGCUUUAUUGAUUUUUUAGUGUUUUAGCUAAAAAUUAGGACUAGAUAAUAUGGUUCAAUCUCAUAAUGGAUUUUUAGCCGCGGCGUGGUUUUUUAAUACAAAUAUAUUUCAAUGAAUAUUUUUGAAAAUUUAAAUUCAACAAAUAUAUCAAAAUUUACGAUUUUUUACAUAUUUAUCAAAUUUGUUUCUAAAAAACCCGGUAUACAUUAUUAAUAUUUCGAAUUUCAUCAAAAUAUUCAUUGAAAUUUGAGGUUAUUAGAAAAUUAGUGAAGAAAAAUGUAACGCGUCAAUUAUUAAGAUACACAAUAAAGCAAAAUGCAAUUGAAA